UCAUCAACUUUACAUUAAACUCGUGCAAAAUGGCAGACGAAGAAGAUGUCGACAAUUUUGAUGAUGGAUUUGACGAUGAUGUUGAUGAUGAGCAGUUGGAAGACAUGCAAGAUGGAGAGGAAGAAGGAGGUGAAAAUAUUGAGGUCCUCCCUGCCGGUGAAGGACAGCAACAGACAGAGAAAAUCACAACACCUUAUAUGACCAAAUAUGAACGAGCCAGAGUGCUAGGAACAAGAGCAUUGCAAAUAGCGAUGAAUGCCCCAGUCAUGGUGGAGUUGGAAGGUGAGACAGACCCUCUUCAGAUUGCAAUGAAGGAGCUGAAGGCAAGAAAGAUUCCCAUCAUUAUCAGACGUUACCUUCCCGAUGGAAGCUUUGAGGACUGGGGGAUUGAUGAGCUCAUCAUUGACACAUCUUAGAAUGGACUGAAGAAACACUGACUUUAGAAUAAGAAAUCACUCCUUCAAAAUAUCCUGGCAGGCCUGGAAUUUCAUCUUUGAGAGAGUAAGGCCCUUUUUCAUUUUGAAAAUGGCAUUUGCAUUUGGAAAUCUUGAAAUCUAUUGGAAAAUUUAGAAGGGGCACCAAGGCCAAGACAAGGGCAACAGAGGAUAUGGUCUCUGUGGUCUCCGUGUAGUUCCAGGCCUGUCCUGGCGUUUUAAACAGGAGAGCUGACCACAAUGAAUAGUCGCACACUCUUGGAUGGCUGGCUUUAUUGUUAUGUUGUAAAGGCGAUAAAUCAUGGUCUGUUUUUACAUAUGAAGAGGUGACCUUUGCAAGAAGGGGAGGGGUAGUGUGAUUGGGGUGUCAUAAUUCUUCUCUAAACUCCCCCGAGAAACUUCAGUUACCCCCAUACAGUUCCUAUCUCAGUUCUUCUGUCAUUUGUCAAUUUGAAGCACAAUGAGAUGCUUGUGUGAGCGGCAAGUCUAACCACUUUACUAUGUACUGAAUGGUUCCGGUCACUUGCACGGAACACUGUUAUUCUGCAUGUUAAGACAUUUUACUUUCCUACAAUGUGAACUCUUUAUAAUGCUGGUUUGAAAAUAAUAUUGUACAAUGUUGUUGGAUUUUAUCUUUUUAUAGCAUUAAUUUUUCCCUUGAAAUAAAGACUAAAGUCUAGCUUAUAU